CUACCCUGCAUAAUGCGUUUUGAAAGACCAUGAAGUUGGUCACGCUGUUUGUUUACAAAUCUCCCAAAUCUCCCAAUACAAAAACGUCACCAGUUCAACAUGAAUUCCAUUCACACAUAUUCCAUUGGACUCAAGUCGGGAAAUUAAGUCUGGGUGUGAUGUUACCCUCGCUGGCCAUUAUGGGCGUGGCAUGCGCUCUGGGCGCCCUCAUCACCUUCUAUCUACUGCCCAGUCUCACACCCAUGUUCAUCCAUGCCCAACUAUUCGGCCACGACCUCAGCAAAGUGCAGGGUCGCCAAAUCCGCACUCCGGAAUCCAUGGGCGUGAUCACGGGCUGCGUUUUCCUCGUCCUGACCAUCGUCCUCAUUCCGGUUAGCUUUUCCGAUUACUUCUCACUGGCCCACAAAGCCGCAUUCCCGCAUGCGGAACUGGUCAAAGUCCUGGCGGCAUUGCUCUCGAUCGCUUGCAUGCUUUUAUUGGGAUUCGCCGAUGAUGUCUUGGAUCUCCGAUGGCGACACAAGCUCCUGUUACCCAGUUUAGCCUCCUUACCCCUGCUCAUGGUGUACUACGUGCUCUUCGAUGGCACGGUGAUCGUGGUACCCGUGAUAUUACGGCCGCUGCUGGGCGCCAACAUCGACUUGGGACUGUUGUACUACCUGUACAUGGGUCUGUUGGCCGUGUUUUGCACCAAUGCCAUCAAUAUUCUGGCUGGCAUUAACGGCCUAGAGGUAGGUCAAUCCAUUGUGAUGGCCGCAUCCAUAUUGGUGUUCAAUGUGGGCGAAAUGGACGGAUCUUUGGGCCAUUACCAUCGGUUUUCCAUGUACUUCCUCUUGCCGUAUUUGGCCACGAGUUUGCCGUUGCUGUUUUACAAUUGGUAUCCGGCAUCCAUGUUUGUGGGCGACACGUUUUGUUACUACAGCGGCAUGACCUUGGCCGUGGUGGCCAUUCUGGGCCAUUUCUCCAAAACGCUGCUUUUGUUCUUCAUGCCGCAGAUCUUCAACUUUCUCUACAGUGUGCCGCAAUUGUUCCAUAUGGUGCCUUGUCCGCGGCAUCGCUUACCCGCUUUUAAUGCGGAGACGGAUCGGGUUCAAAUGAGUUUGAGCGUGUUCAAGCAGCAAGAUCUGCGGUUUUGGGGACGGUGGAUUUUGUACGUCUUUCGGAUGGCACGCGUGAUUCAUUAUCGGGAAUUCGUGAAAGAGGAGGAAGUUUGGGUGGAGUGCAAUAAUAUGACGCUGAUCAAUUUGGUCUUGAGGAUUUGCGGUCCCAUGCAUGAGCAGACCUUGACGAUUGUUCUGCUUGUGUUUCAAGUGUUCUGUUCAGUUUUGGCCUUUUUCAUUCGUUACCCCUUGGCAUACCUGUUUUAUGGCGAGAUUAUUGCCUGAGUCAGAAUAUUAUAAUUGACCAAUAAAAGAUGAUGGCAAAAGCGUGGUUUUGAUGAA